UUUCUGCAGGCAUCCAGCACACAUCCAGAGUGCAGCAUCAUGCAGGAGAUUGAAGAGGAGCGCAGCCAGUGCUUGGCAGAGCUUAUUGGGGAUAACCAGACUUCAGGUUGCAGAAGGCAAUGGGACAACAUCACAUGCUGGCCUGCAGCGGAGGUUGGAGAAGUUGUGGUACGGCCAUGCCCAAAGUACUUCAGAUUCCUCACCACUUCUCUUGGGAAUGUAACCAGGAAUUGUACAAGCCAGGGUUGGACAGAUGUGUACCCUGAGCCAUAUGCCAUAGCUUGUGGAUAUGAUUCCAACAGCACUCCAGGGGAGGAGCAAACAGCAUUCUAUGGCACAGUCAAGACCGGCUACACCAUUGGACAUACCUUAUCGCUCAUUGCUCUCACAGCUGCUAUGAUCAUUUUAUGUAUCUUCAGAAAGCUACACUGUACUCGGAAUUAUAUUCAUAUGCACCUCUUCAUGUCCUUCAUAAUGAGAGCCAUUGCAGUCUUCAUAAAAGAUGUCAUCCUCUUCGAAAGUGGAGAAUCUGAACACUGCUUUGUGAGUUCAGUAGGCUGCAAAGUCAUGAUGGUUUUCUUCCAGUACUGCAUCAUGGCCAACUUCUUCUGGCUCCUGGUGGAGGGGUUGUAUCUUCACACUCUGUUGGUCAUCUCCUUCUUUUCAGAGAGGAAGUACUUUUGGUGGUAUAUCCUGAUUGGCUGGGGUGCCCCAUCUGUGUUCAUCACUGCUUGGACUAUAGUCAGGAUUUACUUUUUUGAUGUUGGGUGCUGGGAGGAAAUAGUGGAAUCCCCAUUCUGGUGGAUCAUUAAAACUCCUAUUUUGGUGUCUAUUUUGGUGAACUUUAUUCUCUUCAUCUGCAUCAUCCGUAUCUUAGUCCAAAAGUUGCAUUCUCCAGAUGUUGGACACAAUGAAACCAGCCAAUAUUCGAGGCUGGCCAAGUCCACCUUGCUGCUGAUCCCUCUCUUUGGCAUUCACUACAUCAUGUUUGCUUUCUUCCCUGACAAUUUCAAAGCAGAAGUUAAGCUGGUCUUUGAGCUCGUGGUUGGGUCGUUCCAGGGAUUUGUGGUGGCUGUUCUGUACUGUUUUCUCAAUGGGGAGGUCCAGGCUGAGCUCAAGCGAAAAUGGCGGAGGUGGCAUCUGGAGCGGUUCCUGGGCUCAGACAUGAAGUAUCACCACCCUUCCUUAGGCAGCAAUGGCACCAACUUCAGCACCCAGAUCUCCAUGCUGACCAAAUGCUCACCAAAGACACGCCGGUGCUCUGGCUUCCAGGCUGAAUUCUCUCUGGUGUGAUGGGGAGAGGCUCUCCAAGCACUGAGCAUCCAAGAGAGAAACCGAGAGACAGAGGGAUCCCCAGGAAUCAGUGAUAUGAUGACAAUUCCUUGUGAAAUGACAUGCUCUGCAUGAGCCAACAGAGGACACAAAACUGGAAAAGCCACUGGCAUGCAGAACAAGAAUAGACAAGCCAAGAGGCAGAGAAGAACUUUUCCUCUCCCUCUUUUCAGAACUUUCACUCUUAAGUUUCAAACCCUCAGGGGCUGAUAACUAUGAGUAAAGGUCCCAGUCACUUGAGGAGAGCCUGUGAGAUCCGGAUAUGUCAUAAAUAAUGAAGUAUGGGGGGUAAGGGAGGGGAGAUCCUGAGUCCUUGGUGGCUUUACCAGAACCGGCAUCUCUGAAACAGAUAAAUUGCACUUUUUAAAGAAAUGAGCCAGUAAAGGAGAGAGGUAGGCAAGAAGCCGGGAAAAAAAAUGCCAAACAUAUGUGCCCAAAGUCACAUUGAUAAGAGGUUGUGAUAAGGCACUGAAGACGGACUUGGGGACAUGGGGAGAAGGGACCGGAGGAACAUGAACAGAAUGGCCCCUGCCUCUGUGUUUGACACGUGUGAAGAUGAAGCUGCAGUACCAGGAAAGCCCCUCGGAGGAUGCCCCACUGCUGCAGUGUGUUCUGCUGAUUGCCCACCAUCCUUGUUAGCAAAAGCUUUCCAAGCACCCUUGGUGCCCUCUGGAAAAGCAGGUGGCUGAGAAGGAGCAGCAUGGAUGCCCUUCUCUGCACUAUGCUCAUGACAUUGUGUUUUGUUUUGUUGUUUUCAAUGAACAGGAAACUCGAUUUGCAUGUAUAAAAAACAGGUACAGAAGCCAAAAGCAGAGCCGGCUAUGUUUUUCAUUCUUUCUAAGUUUGCCCAUAGAUCUCGGUGAAUUAACACACCCAGGAUCAUUAGGGAUCGAGGCAAAACAAUUGGUCUGUAAUUCAUUUGCAUUUGCUUAGUACACACUGCCAGGAAAGGGAGAUGUAGAAUUCUGUAAUCCUUAAUUGAAUCAGACCUGCCAUAAGGAGCCACUCUCCAGAUUAAAAGAAACUAGUGUCACAGCAGCAAGCAAAGUUGCUUUCAUCAGAACAAAGUUGUUUCAGCAUGGUAACUGGCACUCCAGGAGUCAGGAUGGAGUGAAGGAGCUAUUAAAUUGAUUUCUUCUUCAGCUUUUGUGGGGAGCUUUCAUUCUAUGAUGAAGGCAUUGUUAGAUCUUUAAGGUGUGCAUGUGUGUUUUACCUCUUUUCUGAAGGCCUAUUUGUUUUCAUAUAGGGGCAAUCCCUAUUUGAAGAACACACAUGGAUCCUGUUAAAACCAAGGAAAUAGGUUUUUUUUUCUUUUCUUGGUGUAGGGGUGUAGGAGAGGGGUGAAACCAAAUCCUGCUCACACAUGCCAGGCUGGCAGCUCACAGGGUAUCACACGCAGCUCAUGCUCCCAGACACUGCUUUUGAGACCAUCCCCACAAUCCCAAACUCAGUCAGAAGAUAGACAACACAAAGGUGUGGAUGCUUGUGUUUUUAUCCCACCCAACCAUAUCAAAUGGGGUUGCCUAAAUUUUGCACUGGGGGUGAGAAAUCUCUGCCCAACCCAUGUGUGCACUUAACAAUUAAUUGGGCUGCUUUCAUCUUACUAUAACAUGUCCUUGUGAAAGAGAGUCUUGGUCACCAGUGCAUGUAUGUAGAAAGGAAGGUUGACUUCUCUUUCAGAGUUUAGAGAUCUCAACUUAUCUACCAGGUGCUAGCAGCAUCUGGAUUUCUUUUUCUCCAUAAUGAAAUGUAGUUCAUCUUUAGAUUGGUGGGUUUGGGGUUUGUCUUGCUUCUUUGCUUGCCUUAAUCAUCUGUGAUUCACUGCCAAGGAGAGUUGCAGGUCUGGACAUGCAGUUCUUUUCUCAGCUCUGAGUGGGCAGUUGUUACACGUGCCCAGAGGUAUAGCUAUUAUCGUCUGAGCUUGAUGCUUCCACAGUAUUUCUCCACAUGUGAGACUGAGAACAGCAUAGAGGACUGAAGUCAGUAAAGGGUAUGAGAUACUCUGACAUAACUGCCGUGAAGGGUAGACAUGCAACCAUGAGUUUUCAGUGAGCUAGCUCAUAUGCUGUCAUGGUGUAGCCAUGGCUAUCCAGACUGCUAAACGUAAGAGGAUAGGUAGAUAUUGUGAAGAUAGUAAUAAUCAGCUCCAUGGUCCUGGAAUUAAACUCUUGACAAGACCCCAGGCUAGACAGGUGCAAGCCAUCUUUGUUAUGGCUACAUUACACAUAAACCAUAUCGUUAACAGUUAGAAUCCAACACUGACAUGCCAUAUGAUCAUCAAAAUCCUCUUUUAGCAUCUCUCUAAUUCCCAAAAUCCAGAGAAACCAAGAGGAUACUUAAAAUUUCCCCAUGUUGCUUGCACUUCAGCCCUUCUACCCUGAUACCGCAGGAACAAGGUCCCCAUUGAAAUCUCUGUGAGGUUCUCAGAGGCAAGGGCCCUCUUCUUGUUUAGUGCUGGUGCUGCUCUGGUGAGUGCUUUCAGAUCUGGAUUAGGACUCCCACAGAGAUGCUGGAGAAGUCCCACCAAUUCUUCUAUGCCAGAUUCAAAGCAAGCAUUUGUGACCUAGGUCUGCAUUUUACCAGGUGAAUGGCUAGUGGCAAGGGAACCCCAGAGGAAGUGAGGGAAAGCUCUCUCUCAGCUUCCCAAGUUGUUCCACUUGGUGUAAAAUGCUUCGUCUCACCAGUUCAGUUUGGAAGCAACGUCAGUCUAGGAAAGAUUUGAUUCAUCAGACUGCAAAGUCGUUCACCCUCCUUAUCUAUCAUGAUAGCUGUUUAUGCCCAACAAAAUUGGUAGGCUGCAGAGGAGCACUGAGGUGCCUAAGGUAUGAACUUAAGUCCCAGGUCCCAGACAAGCAAAGGGGAAGUUUGAGCACAGAGCUGUUGAGCAUAAGUGGAACACCAAUGCCAACAACCUCGUUUAUGAGAUGUAAGGGAAGCCCUUCCCAUCUGCUUUAGGCAGCUUUUCUGGGGUAGAAGAUCCAUGUCUGUGAGCCAUGAGCAGUGAGAAACCCUGUGCAUUUUCACUCUUGUUCUUCACCCUCCUUUUCCUCACUCCGUGCUUGUAACUCUAUUUGCAAGGCGGACCUUCUGCUUUGUAUUUACAGCUUCUUUUCCAUGUCAGCCCUGUGCUGACCUGUGCCAGCAUUAACCAUAUGCCAAAGGCAGCAGGAAUGGGCUUGCCUUUUGGAGACAUGACAGGGAAAAAUUUAGCUGGUUAUUUACUGAUGCCACAGGGCCUUCUGCAGUCCUUGAGAUGUACCACCAGACUAUUCCGCAUGGGAGCCUGAAGAUGUGACUUAAACUGAGGAGCUCCUUGAUAAAAUGUUGAGUACAUUAGCAUGUCAGGAACAGUGCCCCAGGCACCCUACUUGCAAUUAUUUCUUCACAGAACAGGCAGCCACACUGCCAUUAUACUGUCAAGGGGUUUUGGAAGAUUAAGUGAAUGUGUUGAAUAUACCUGCAGUGACAGGCAUGGCAGUAUUAGUGAUGCAGGCAGUGAAAAGCUGCCAGACCAGCUGCAUUGGCCUCAUAUUUUCAGAGAACAGAGUCGUCAGUGGUGAAAUCAGAGCUUUUCACUCUGGGGAUAUGAGCAAUCAAGUGAAUGAUGACAUUCGGAUCAGGCCCUUGUUUAAGUGGCUUAGUGCAGGAAUUUGACCCAAUAAUGGCCUCCUCUACUCUAGUUGUCAUACACUCAUCAGUAAAAUGGAGUUCAAGGACUUCACCACAACUCCAAACAACAAUCCAGACUGAGUUGUCCUCAACCCAUGCUGAAUACACCAUGCAGCACUCAGGACUGAUGCUGUUGCUCACAAAGCAUCAGUCUGAGCCCCUUGCCCCUUCUGUAAGGCAGGAAUUACCCCAGUGAAGGCAACUGUGUUAAUUUUCUGCAAGGCAAGAUUGAAUAGCAUACCUGGAUGUGUUAGGCUUUUAGAUAAGUUUGAGGAUCAUGAAUUAAGAUUCCAAAACUCUAUACAAAAAUUCUGAUCCUGUUCGCACCAAUCUUCACUUCAGUGACUUCUGAAUUGCACCAGCAUGAAACUGGAAUUUGCCUUUAGAAUAAUUCCUUUAUCUUCAGCCUAGAACUGUUUACUCCCCUUUUUAUACCAGUGUACUCCCUUUUUUAUACCAGUGAGACAUUAAACCCCUCCUGUUAAUUAGUCACUGUAUUUCAGUGAUUAAACUGUUAAACAAUUAUUAAUGUAUGAAACUAUUAACAUAUAAAAAUUAGAUUAUUUUCUGAAGGUCUAGAGGUACAAGGUUCAAUACAAACGUUAGACUAUAGAUACUUCUAUUCAGUUGGGACUUACAGUGCUCUGUGGCCCUCUCAUAAGCAGCAAGAAAUGAGAAUGUGACCAUGUUUAGGGUUUAAAAAAGAGCAGUAAUGAAAUUCUAGGCUGUUGAAGAAUUUCAGGGCAUUAACUUACAACUAGUUUUUAAAAUCAGAGGCAUAUAUGCAGCAGCAUUGUUACUGUAGUUAUGGAAUGAAAAAGGGAUCCCAAAAAAGCCUGGAAGGUAAAACAUCUGAAUUGGUUUAUACUUUUUUUUUUUUUUCCCCUAAGAAGGAGUUAUAUUUUUUCUCAAGGAAGCUGUUACUGGAGAAAAAUGUUUUGUGCAUUAACUAAUCAGCAGAUUUACUUCUUUCUCAAUAUCCCACUUGAUCGCUGUUCAGCUCAGAAGCCAUGAGGCAGGGUGGUGUCUGUGUCACAGGGCUAUGCGAGCAAAGGACUUAAAAACAAAUCUCUGCUCCAGUCUGAUGGAAAUACUUUCAAAGAGAGAUGCACCUACUGAUUAAUCAAAGACUGGCAGUGUUUUUUAUAAAGAAAAAUGAGGUUCCAAAGAAAGCUUUGGAGUGAAUAUCACUUCUCUCUAUGGCAGGGAUUAAAGGCGUUUGGUGGGAUUAUUUUGUCUCCAUUCCUGCCACCUUUACAGUGUUUAAACAAGGCAAAACCCAGUGGGUUUCUGCAGAAAACAUGAAAUAUUUGCAGACUAAAAGGAAAGUUGUAUAUGCCGGUAUGUGACCUUGUGAAGCUUACUUUAUUCUGUCUGCACAAGUUCAACUUGGUUUGAUAAAUGGCCUGUGGAAAUCCAACGUGAUAUCAGAAGCAAGGAGACUGAGAAACAGUGGUUCUUCUCUGGAAAGUGAAUCUAGGUUUAACAACAAAGCCCAUGUAGGACAUGCUUCUGCCCUGCUGUGCCUCAGCCUCUCUGCUUUCAGUGGGGCAUUUAGCUGAAGAAAGGAUCUUGACUGGAGUGUUGACGCAGCCCUGUACUUCUUCCUGAGCUAUCUCUGCACUAAUGAAUGUGCCAAACUCUUGGUGACAAGAACUGCAGUCCUGAGCUCCCUGUCUUGCAACUCUCCACUUGUCACACCCCAGUGCUUAUGGUGGCCAGGACCAUAAUGCUUGUAGAUGACCCUUCAGGAGCAGGACGCCAAUCUCGUGGCCUCGUAUAUAUCCAUAUCAAUCUGGAAUGACUCUGCUGGUAGCAUUCUGGAGCUAAACUGAUGUAAUAGGGAAAAUAAUUAAGUCCCAAACUGGUACAAUGAGUCAGAUAUCCCAAAAUCCACAACAGCAUGAAUUUCAAUCCACUUUCUUUUAGUCAGUCAACUUUUCACCCUGUCUCCAAACCCCGUAUUUGCUUACCAGUCUGAUGAGGUAUAUUACAAUGAUUGAUCUUGUUUUUUCCCCUGGAGAUCUGUACAGUUAUGAACUGUGGCUUUUAGGAAUUAGGAGUUUCCUGGGCCCACUGACAAUCUCUCCCGCCUCCUACUGUCUGAACAUCCUAAAUCCUUGUCUGCUUGCGUGGUGGUGUGCUAUAUACUGAAGAACCUUGGGUUUGAAACCCUGGUUAUUUCUAGCAUACUGUGAAAUCACAGGGAAGACAAACAUUGGAACUGGAAACUACAUAACAGGUCUGUAAGGGAAAUAAUGCACAUUUGGGUUCUGAGGGCCAGGCCUUUAGGACACACAAUUAGGCAUCAGCAGAGCACUAGUGUUUUAUACCCAGAUUUGGUGGAUAUUGUAAAUUUGUAUGUAAAGAAAAUCUGAAUAGCACAUUUAAAAAAAAAAAA